AUGCCAACUCAAUGCUCGCCAUUUGAACUCGCAGCGCUUGAGAUCAGAUCAAGGCCACCUCAUAACCUUCGUCCAUACCUCUUUCUCUCUCUGCUCUUCGACCUUUCAAGAUCUAGGAUUUAUGUUUCCCCAAACAGGGAAUUGGUCCCUUUCCUUGAAUCCAACUCGCUUGUGUUUAUGUUUUUAAAGUUUAAAAUGGCAGAGACAUUUCUGUAUACUUCCGAAUCCGUCAACGAGGGACACCCAGACAAGCUCUGCGACCAAAUCUCCGAUGCCGUUCUUGAUGCUUGCCUUGAGCAAGAUCCAGACAGCAAGGUUGCGUGUGAGACAUGCACCAAAACCAAUUUGGUCAUGGUCUUCGGAGAAAUCACCACCAAGGCCAUCGUUGACUAUGAGAAUAUCGUUCGUGACACCUGCAGGAACAUCGGCUUCAUCUCAAACGACGUGGGACUUGAUGCCGACAACUGCAAGGUCCUUGUAAAUAUUGAGCAGCAGAGCCCUGAUAUUGCUCAGGGUGUGCAUGGUCACCUCACCAAAAGACCUGAAGAAAUCGGUGCUGGUGACCAGGGUCACAUGUUCGGUUAUGCCACAGAUGAGACCCCUGAAUUGAUGCCAUUGAGUCACGUUCUUGCAACAAAAUUGGGUGCUCGUCUCACUGAGGUUCGCAAGAACGGCACCUGCCCUUGGCUGAGGCCUGAUGGGAAGACCCAAGUGACUGUUGAGUAUUACAAUGACAAGGGUGCCAUGGUUCCGGUUCGUGUCCACACCGUGCUUAUCUCCACGCAACAUGAUGAGACUGUCACCAACGAUGAAAUUGCUACUGAUCUCAAGGAGCACGUAAUCAAGCCCGUGAUCCCCGAGAAGUACCUUGAUGAGAAGACCAUUUUUCACUUGAACCCCUCUGGUCGCUUCGUCAUUGGUGGUCCUCAUGGUGAUGCUGGCCUUACUGGCAGGAAAAUCAUCAUUGAUACCUAUGGAGGAUGGGGUGCCCAUGGUGGUGGUGCCUUCUCUGGGAAGGACCCUACCAAGGUUGAUAGGAGUGGUGCUUACAUUGUGAGACAGGCCGCUAAGAGCAUUGUCUCCUGUGGACUUGCCAGGAGGUGCAUUGUGCAAGUGUCUUAUGCUAUUGGAGUGCCUGAACCUUUGUCUGUUUUCGUUGAUACCUAUGGGACUGGGAAGAUCCCUGACAAGGAGAUCCUGAACAUUGUGAAGGAGAACUUUGAUUUCAGGCCUGGUAUGAUUUCCAUCAACCUUGAUCUGAAGAGGGGUGGGAAUGGCAGGUUCUUGAAGACUGCAGCAUAUGGACACUUUGGCAGGGAGGACCCUGACUUCACAUGGGAAGUGGUCAAGCCCCUCAAGUGGGAAAAGGCCUAG